ACGCGGAAGAGAACAGUCGCUGAACUCUGCGGUCGGUUACGCUUCUGCUAACUACGGGGUCAUAAUGUGGCUCAGUGUAGCGAUCGUUUCUGUCGCCUUGCUCUUAUUUAUAUUUAAAUAUGUCUUCGGCAGCUCCGGGCCCAAUCCCUUCGAGGCGGACACUCGUGAGCCGUUGAAAAAGAUGGUUCUCAUCAAGAAAGAGAAAAAUAAAGUGCUGAAGCAAGGUUUUGUGGCCAGUAAAGUCCCUGACAACCUGGAUGCCAUCAUCAUCGGCAGUGGGAUCGGUGGGCUCGGACUCGCGGUGCUGCUGGCCAAAGUGGGAAAGAAAGUCCUGGUUCUGGAGCAGCACGAUCGGGCCGGUGGAUGCUGUCACACAUUCACAGAGAAGGGCUUUGAGUUUGAUGUUGGAAUCCACUACAUCGGUGAGCUGCUGGACCACAAGCCGUUCCGCUGCAUGCUGGACCAGAUAACCAACGGACAGCUGCAGUGGGAGCCUCUGGAGAAUCCGUUCGACCACGUAGUUCUGGGACCUCCAGAGAACCGCCGCCAGUACCCCAUCUACAGCGGCAAGAACCGCUUCCCCGAUGAACUGAAGAAGUGUUUCCCUGGAGAGGAGAAGGCCAUCGACGAGUACCUGAGGCUGAUUAAGAAAGCCAGUCGAGGUGUUUGGCUCCUCGCUCUGCUGAAGCUCUGCCCCGCCCCCUUGGCUAAGUUCCUGGUCUACAGCGGCCUGGCCAAACAUCUGUCCUUCUUCUUCAAAAUGGCCUCCCGCAGCCUGACAGAGGUGGUCAAUGAACUGACGGAGAACAAAGACCUCCGGGCUGUUUUCACCUACAUCUUUGGCACCUACGGUAACAUGCCAAAAGAGGCCAGUUUCUCUAUGCACAGCUUGCUGAUUUCUCACUACCUGAAUGGCGCCUGGUACCCUAAAGGCGGAGCCACUGAAAUUGCAUAUCACAUGAUCCCCAUCAUCGAGAAGGCAGGCGGUGCUGUCCUAGUUCGAGCCCCAGUUAACCGAAUCUUGUUCAAUGAUGCCAAGGAAGCUUGUGGUGUGAGCGUCAUGAAAGGUCAGGAGGAAGUCCAUAUCCGUGCCCCGAUGGUCAUCUCCAACGCUGGGAUCUUCAACACCUACCAGAAGCUGCUGCCCAAAGAGCUUCAGGCCAUGCCAGCCAUCCAGAAGCAGCUCAGUAUGAUGAAGAACGGUGAAGGUGGCCUGAGUGUUUUUCUGGGUCUGAACGGAACCAAGGAGGAGCUGGGCUUGAAAGCAAACAACUUCUGGAUCUUUGCUGAGAACAACUUUGAUGAACUGGUGGAGAACUAUUUAAAUAGGCCGAGGGAAGAGGCUGCUAAAAACAUACCCCUGCUAUUCGUGGCCUCUCCAUCAGCUAAAGAUCCAACCUGGGAGGAAAGAUCACCAGGCAAGUCCACCUUGAGUCUGGUCAGCUUUGCCAAGUACGAGUGGUUUGAGGAGUGGAAGGACGGCAAAGUGACGAACAGAGGGGCCGACUACAAAGAGCUCAAACAGACUUUCAUCGACUCUGUUGUGGAGGUGGUUAUGAGCAUCUACCCUAAGAUAACCAGAGACAAGAUUGAGUAUGUUGAUGCUGGAACCCCCAUCACAAACACGCACUACAUCGGAGCCCCCAAAGGUGAAAUCUACGGAGCAGAUCAUGGCAUCGCCCGGUUCAGCCCUGAACUCAACGCUACAGUGAGACCUCAGACUCCACUGAAGAACCUCUAUCUGACAGGCCAGGAUGUGUUUGUGUGUGGCUUUGCCGGCGCGCUCGCUGGAGCUCUCUCCUGCGGCUCGGUCAUUCUCAACCGCAACCUCCAUCUGGACGCCAUCGCCCUGGCAAAGAAAAGAAAAUUUAUUGACAGCAAACUUAAAGGGGAGUAACUGCCUGAUAAUACUCAGCUGAGUGGCCGUUAAAUACCGUAAUUAACCAGUUGCUGGUUCUCACAACAAACAGCGCAAAGACUUCCAGAUUUCUAAAAUAACACAUGGACUCGUACCACAGCUAAACUGUGCCACUGCUUUGGCAUAUUAAUACCUACACUUACUGGUGUACCUCAGUUUUGUUAAAUUGAGAGUAAUACAAGACAUGGGAUGUUUCAUGUCUGAGUAAUGAGGCCGUUGAGCUUUCAGUCGACCUGCAUGUGUCAAAUCUAACAUGACCUCAUACAAAUGCCUUUGUAAAUCAUUCACUGUGUUUAAGCUGAUACACUGUUGUGUAGUGUUUGUUAACCUACCUUUGCACUUAACUUUCUGCCUAAUUAUGCCAUUGGUUUGGUUUGCAGUUUUUAAAAGGUUGACAAAGAUUCUUCCCUUUUGAUAUGAA